ACCGCGUCCUCCAGAACGUAGAUCGCAUCACCAAACCCUUCUCUUGCAACUUCACAACUCCAACCCCCACACCAACCUUCUAUCUCACUCGACACAAUGCCUCGCGCAUCAUUAUCGAAUCCUGUACCAGAGGUAUCUCAGCCAGUCGUACCUGCUACUGGCCCACGAGCCUUCUCGCAAAAGGACCUCCCACCUUCAGUAGAAGCCGCCUACUACCGGAAAUGCAUCGAACUGCGACGACGAAUCCACGACAUCGAAGAGAACAAUGACGGGACCCGCCUCCGGAUAAAGCGACUCAACCGCGCGAUCACCAAGAUGCGCCUCGAGCGAGCCUUCAUUCUAGAAGCACUCCACAAGCACAUGGAAUACAACGUCGACGACUCCGACCGAAGCAGCAGCCCACCACCCACGCCAACCGACAAACCGCUCCGAAGCAAGCGGAGCCAUAGGCAGAAGACACCCCCAGGAGGCGGAGCGCAACUGGGCAGCGAUUUACCAGGAACCGCACAGCAAGGCAGCCCCGGCUCGACGACGGCACACCGACAGACGCUCGCGGCAUCACACCUGAUGUCAAGCGCCCAGAGCACCCCGGAUCCCAGCGGGCGAAACCCAUUCUUCAGCGCCGUCACUGCCGCCGCAGCCUCGCCUCAAGCGAUAAACGGAACAUCGCAACCCGCGGCUUCAUCGCUUUCAGCACGCCAGACGGCCCGCGCCGAGGCAGCAGCCGCAGCAGCAGAAUCGACGCCAUCGCGGGGCCGCACGUUCGACCCAGCGUACGACGAGACGCCCGCGGCAGCCGGAUCGAACGCCAACGCCGGAUCGAACGAGGCGAAAGAGGAGAACGGAGACGGCGGGGACACUGAGAUGGGGGAUGCUCCGGACACCACCUUCGCGUCCGUCAACGGAUAGACUCAUGUCUCGAGCAAUCAUACCUCUCAUGUUGGGUCGUGGAGGAAAAGGCGUUCUGUUUUGAUAUCGAUUCGAUGUUCCAUUUUUUCUGUCUCUCUCUCCUUCCUGUUUUCCACGUCAAGGGCGGGGAGGGCGGGCGAUGGGUUUUUACUCCGUUAGCGACAUGUUUUCUCUCUGUGUCUCUCUUCCUUCCUGUUUGAUUGUGCCAAUUGCUGUUUUGUCUGUACUGUGUAUUCGAUCACUGUUAGCCCCCUUUCUCUUAUAUCGAGGGGCUGAAACAAAAGUGAUCCGAGGAUGUUAAGAUAGAGAAGAUAAUGGAUGGAAAAACAAACACAUACUACUUGAAAUUUCACUGUGACGGAUGGUUUCUAGGCUGCGUGAUGCGUUAUGAUGGUUUCCGACUGGGAAGGGAUUUCUGUUGGUGAUGUUUGACAUAGGAUACGAACAGAUGUCAUUUGUGAAAGG